CGCCAGCUAAUUGUCACACACUGUCCGAUCACUUGUCACCCGGGAUCCAAUAGUCACAGCGCGAGCUCCGUUCAAGGGAGCCUCCCUCCGAUCGCGUCGCAAAUGCAACGAAGUUUAGCUGCACGAGCAGAGUGACGAACACUCGUGCAAGAAACAUUACUCGCGUCUGUUAGAAUUGAAGGCGACACGAUGCCCUGUGAAUAUUUCUGGCUGAUUGUUUCCUGGAUCCUCGUGAACGAACUCGUGGCCAUCGAUACGAGGCGCGGCAACGAUCGUCGGGAAGAAUGGGUCGUCAGGCUCGAGGGCGGGCCUCGAAUUUCCUCGCUCCUGGCUCUGCAAUCUGGGUACAGGCAUCUUGGACCGGUCCUCGGAUUCAAGGAUACGUAUGUGUGGCUGAAGGGCCAGGGACCCGGCCAGGAGAAGCGGGGCGGGUUUCGCUCGCCGAAAGCGUUGAACUCGAGCGCCAAGAUCAUUUGGGCGGACCAGCAGAGGACGAUCGAGCGACACAAGCGGGGUUACGUGCCGCUGGCCAACCUCGAGUCGGAGAAACCCUUGAUAAGGGAGAAGAGACUCGAAUUGGAUCGAUGGUAUCAAUCGAACGACGUCGAGGACGACCAAGGAUUUCAGGACUAUUUCGAUGCCGAGGACUCCAGGCUGAUGUUCAACGACGAGCUGUGGGGCCAGGAAUGGUACCUGCAAGACACGAGGUCGAACAAAGCUCUGCCGAAGCUCGACCUGAACGUGCUACCCUUGUAUCGACUGGGGGUAACUGGUCGCGGCGUCAGGAUCGCUGUCCUGGACGACGGGUUGGAAUACACCCACGACGAUCUUCGAAACAACUAUGAUCCGGAAAUCAGCUACGACGUCAACGAGGGUGACGAUGAUCCUCUCCCUCGAUACGAUUUAUCAGGGAUGAACGGCCAUGGGACGAGGUGUGCCGGGGAAAUAGCGAUGGAGGCCAACAACCGGAAGUGCGGGGUAGGCGUCGCGUUCGAGGCCUCCGUCGGAGGGAUCAAGCUUCUCGACGGUUUGGUGAACGAUCGCGUCGAGGGAGAAGCUCUCGGUUACAAACCGGAAGCUGUGGACAUUUACACCGCCUCUUGGGGUCCCGCCGACGACGGCAGAAGUUUGGAGGCUCCUGGGAGACUUGCCGAGGAGGCCCUCGAACGUGGAAUUGCUCUAGGCAGGGGCGGCCGGGGGAGCAUUUACGUGUGGGCCUCCGGAAACGGGGGCUCGAAAUCGGACGAUUGCGGCUGCGACGGAUACGUGGGCAGCAUUUACACGAUCGCCGUCGGAUCGGCCAGCCAGGCCGGCAGGUUCCCUUGGUACGGGGAGAGCUGUCCCGCAACCAUGGCUACGACUUACAGCAGCGGCGCUUAUCACGACCAGAUGAUAGCUACGACGGACCUGAGGAACGCCUGCACGACGAGGCACACCGGUACAUCGGCGUCCGCUCCAUUAGCCGCCGGGAUCCUGGCGCUGGCUCUUCAAGUGAACAAGGACCUGACCUGGCGGGACGUGCAGCAUCUGAUCGUCUGGACCUCGGAGUACAGCCCUCUCAGGGAGAACCCAGGGUGGUUCCGAAACUCCGCCGGAUUCUGGUUCAACUCACGUUUCGGCUUCGGGCUUAUGAACGCUUUCGCGCUGGUCGCCGCCAGUUCCAAUUGGACAACCGUCCCCGGGAAGACCAUUUGUAAAGUGGACGCCGCCGGAAUAAUCGACAAGAGGCUGGCGUAUGGAAAUUCGAGGAGGUUGCGAUUCGAGGCUGACGACGAGUGCCGAUCCUCGCCGAACGGAAUAACGUUUUUGGAACACGUGGAGAUCGAGGUCACUCUCGAGUACAGUCUUCGCGGCGCACUCCAAAUGCAUCUCACCGCACCCUCAGGGACAACCGCGCAGCUCCUGAAACCCAGAAAGCUAGACGACUCGUCCGCCGGCUUCAACAGCUGGAAAUUCAUGUCAGUGGCGACCUGGGGCGAGGAUCCUCGAGGCAGCUGGCUGCUCGACAUCGUGGACCAGACCGGCCCGAAGGAGAAUAAUGGGACGAUGGGAUCGUUCGUAUUGGUUCUGCACGGGACGGCCGAGCCGCCGAGAUAUCGCGAGAACGGGCCCAGAGAAUACAAUCGCGAGUACAAUCGACUAAGGGACACGAACGAGCUGCCCGGCAUCGAUCCAACCGCGGGACUCAAUGUGAAACAGGAGAGCCUCGACUAUCUGCAGCCAGAUGCGAACGAUGUUUAUGACGAGCAACUCGCGUGGGAUUACUAUGGGUGGCCGGGAAAAUUAUAGCUCAAUUUAUACCGUGGUCGAGAAACUAACGAAUCCUGGGACUGGAAACCUGCGUUUAACGGAACCGUUUAACGGAAUUCGUUCGAACGUUUUGCGACGGCUCCAGGUGGUGAUCGACUAAUCGUUGCUGGAGGAACGUUCUUGCAAUUAUCAGCGAACGCCGAAGUACAGAAAAAUUUCCCCGAUUUUUCUUCGGCUUGUAAACGGCAAUGAACGACUUUUUGGAAGAGGAGGUGCGAUUAUUCGAGCCUUGCAGCUCCUUUUUAUAAUAGGCGGUUGUAAAAAUAAGCUGCGAUG